GCAACACUGAAAGUCGGUAUGGAUUUUUUCGCGCCGGCGCGAAACGUGUGUGCGCCGUGCCGAGAUUAAUUUUCCUUCGUGUUUCAUUUAUCUUGAAUUAAAUAUGAUUCCCUUUGUAAACGCUUUUCAUGAACGUUUUAUCAAUGCUCGUUAACAUUUCCAUAUUUCACUAACAUAGAAUGACAAAUACAUAAAUAGUUAGGUGUCAUAAUGGUGAAGGUGAAGGUGUAAAUCAGUGCCGAAUUUAAAACAGAACUCGAUAAAAUGGGAUCGUCUAUAGUGCUGAAAAGUUUGUCUAUCCUGUUAGGCGUGUUCUUCAUAUUCGUCGGCAUAACGAAACUAACACCGUUUAUUUCCAAGGAAUUACACAAGGAUUUGAGAAAAGAAUAUGUGAGAUACGCGAAAGUGUUUCCGUUGUCGGAAACAUUCGACUUCAAACUACCGUCAAAAUGGUACAGGAGAGGCGUGGGGGGACUGGAGAUAUUGUUCGGCUUAGUUCUAGCAAUUAUACCUAGUCAUAAACUGAAGAAUGCCGCCAACAUCGGCCUGGUUCUCCUGAUGAUCCUCGCAACGUACUCGCACGUGAUGGUGGGCGAUCCCUUCGACCGCUGCGCGCCGGCGCUCGUCUUCUUCUUCAUGCUGAGCGGCAGACUCGUCGUAUGGUACCAAACGAGCCGACGGGAAGAGUUGGAGAAAGCAACAGCCACUCAAAAUGGAAACGGUCUCAAGAGGGACUAAAGAAAAUACAUAUAUUAAAAUUAUAGGGUACCUUUUGUGGGUGUAAGAAAAGCGAAAUUAAACAUCUUGUUAUUUUAACUUAAAGGAUUUGUUGAAUCUGGAAAUUCUUCACGAUGUUUAAAUUUUUAACACAUAGUCAACGUUCAUAUUCAAGGUUAGGAUAGGUAAGGUGUCAAACUAGGGAGUUUGUCCACCACACCUUUUUAUUACGCCCUGUAUAUAAUAAUGUAAAUAUUCACGAUUUUAUUUUUAAUUUUACGAAUGGAGACUUGUUGCGUAGGUACUCGCAACUUGGCUUCUUAGGUAUAUUUGUUUUGUACCUUCUUCUGUUUGAGUUUAAGCUUUUGUGUUCUCCGACUUAGAAAUAAAAUUUUAUUUAAAAAAUCAAAGAGAUCAAAGAAAACGCGAUGCUGUGAUUGUUUCUAGUCAACGUAAAUCAAAAGAUUAAAGCAACUUGAUAAUUAAUUAUAGCACUGACCACAUGCUCGAAAAGUAUCCAUACUUGCCACAGCUAAUGGGGCUAAGAAAAGCGGAGUCGGCUUUUCCCUAAUUUUUACUAUUUUCGUGUCAAGCCACACUGUUUUUGACGUAUAUAAGGUAGGAGUAGAUUAAGGGAAGUGCACAGUUUAAAAGUGAUAUUAAUUUAAGCCAUUCGAGCUAGGUUCAUUUUGUAUGUGUAUGAGUGAUUAUAACCCUGUACGUAGGUCUAAUAUAAACUGCCAAAAUAAUAUUAUAUUGGUAGCUUGAUAGAUUGCACAGAUAGACAAAACGUUGCACUAAUUGUGAAUAUGAUUUGCUCAAUAGUAGUAAUAGUUUACGCCUUUUAAAUUAUACCAAUGUUGUGUACACAUAUAUAUUAAAUAAGCUAACAGUGUAAUAAAUAACUUUUCGACAAUAUGUUCGAAGCGGAAAAGAGCGGCGAUAUAUUUCUCUCUCUCUCUCUUAUAGCAAUAAGCCACCCCUAAAGAGUUUAAUUUCCCAUCUCAAAACAUGUGUAAUAAUGUAUUAGUAUUAAUAAUAUAAAAUUUAAGCUACGAAAGAAGUUUUUCACGAGUACUGCCCUAAUGUACCACUUAGCUUCAAUAAGAAUGUUUCCACCACAAAAUUAUAUUAGUAAUUAAUGUCUGUGGUUUCCACAGUCCUACUACCAAUUCGAUAGUGAAAUAAUAUUACAUAAUUCUAGAGAAUAAUUAAUAUUAAAAAUAAGACAUAGCUUAAUGUGGCGCCAAUUCGUGCCACAUUAAACAUCAGAACUAUAUGAGCUUCAUGAGUAGUCAGUAGUAGUAAAUAUAUGUAAUACGUUAUAAGGUGACAUAUAGCUAAAUAACAUACGAUAUUGUACGAACAGUUAGAAAGAAAAAUACUAUUAAGUAGGCACCUAAAGUAUUUAACGUUAGAGCCCAACGCUGAGGCCAAUCGACGUAUAAACAUGCUAAAUUUUGUCUUGAAUAAAAUUAAGACACAUACGUGGAUUAGCAACAAACUUGGAAAUUACAUUACGAUUAAUAAGUAUGUAUUAAAGCUUAAUUAAUCAGAUUGGAUACCGUUGUAAAAUCGGAAUAAGAUAGGAAUUUGUUAUCGUGGCGUGUGAAUUGUCAAGUGUGUCUGGUAAUGAUUAAAUGGGUAUUAUAAAUAUUAUAA